GGCUUCCUCAUCGUUAGGUUGAUGGUUGGACUCGAUGAUCUGGUCCCUUCCAACCUCGUCCUGUGGUUCUAUGGCUGGGUGCCAUCCAGGGGUAUUUCAAGAGGUGCCAGAGGGGCAGGAUGGGAUUCGCAGAGCUUAGAGGCAGCAGGACACAGGGACAAUCAAUGGCCUUGGGCCUGAGCCUCCUGCUCAGGGUCACCCUGCCCGAGGAGGGGGCGGACAAAGUGACCUCCAUGGGCCCCUUCCCAGCUCGAUGGUGUCACAGGGAGAGCUGAAGCAUUAAGAGAGGCAGGAACUGCGCCAUGACACUGGAAGAAAGGUAGAAUUGUUUUUAACGAUGUAUCUUCAUUUUCCACUUGUUUCUUUCCCUACCCAGGCUCUGGUAGCCAAGUCGAAAGCAUCUCGUCGAGUUCUGGAAAGGAAACAGGCCUCGGUCACUUUCACACAGACAAGAUCCUCUCAGCCACGCACCAAGCAAACCACCAUCUCUGCCUUCUUCAGCUCCCAGACAGAUGAUAAAGAAAACUCCAGGCUGUCUCCUUUCAUCCCAAAAUGUAAAGAAAAAGGUAUUUCUUUGGCUGCUUCCCCUGUGAAGAUCUUGGCUUUGCCGCAGAUGGAGGAAGGCCGUAAGGAAUCGUUCAGCACCGAGGUGGGGACGGCGCGGGCUGCGCCGCGGUGUCCUGCUCCGUCCCCUUUGCCGGACUCUUCGGUGUUAGAAGGGGAGUCCUGUGGCACGAGCGAAGCCUCCUGUGGGGUGGGAGAGGAUUCCUGCUUCUUCAGCUUCACCCAGGACUCGGAGGGCAACCGCAUCAUCGCUCACAGAAACGCAUCUGAUUUAUUUGCUGGAGAAACAGUUUCGGUGAGCAGCAAACGAGGGGGGAGGCUGCUCCCAGAGGAGACAAUUGGACUCGAUUUCCAACCCAGACUCGGUGCAAACGAGAAGAAGAAACCACACCCAUCGAGUAGCAUUAAUUCUUUCACUGAUUUCACUGAGACUGAGAAUACAAAUCCUACUCUGAGGAGAGACAGCACCUGUGCUGCUGGCUUUUAUCCCUCUCCCCAGAGAUCGGCCAGAGCGCAGCCCCUGAGAGAACGCAACCACAACGUGGGGGCUGGAUCAGCCCAGGAGGGACGGGGCAGUCCCUGCAGGGAGCUCUUCACCCAGGACUCCCAGGGGAACAGGGUGAUCGCUCACCGUGCCCAGACCCUUCCAUCCCCCUCCAAGGGCUGCUCCGGCAACGGGAGCUUGAGCGAAGCUGAGGAGCACAAGUUGGACACAUGCUACGAUUUACUGUUCACACAGGAUUCAGAAGGGAACAGAGUGAUUAAACACUGGUGUUGCCAUUAAGCUGUCUUUACUCUUCCCUGGGGCCAGCAUUUACUGUGGACCAAAGUGGAGCUGUGUCAUAGGCCAGGAGUGACCUGCUGCUACACCCUUACACCCAGGGACCCCUUCUCCACAGGCAGGUGUAUCCCCACCACAGCGUUACACAGAGCAGCCUUUUUGGGACACAGAGAGGCUGAUGGUACCAUCCAGAGGCUCUUGGUGUGCUCCCGAGGGGGGGAGAGCUGCAACAACUCCCUGUAAAGCUGAUUAAGUUGUAAAUGCUGUUUCUGAUGGGUGGCCAGAGGCAACACAAGCCUCUGCUCUAAGGUGGGGGGGUGACUUUAAUUUUUUUCAAGGGCUGAGGGCCUGGAGGAUUAAGAAAAUCCUUGGCAUUGAGCGU